AUGGUCCCCCGUCCUCCCCCGCCCCGCCGCACCUCCCCCUCCAUCCCCCCUCCCUCACCCUUCCCCACCGCCGGCGUCGCAACCUACCACUCCCUCACCGGUCCCUCCAUCUCCCUCACCCCCUUCCUCCUGCGCCUCCAUCGCCUCCUCUCCGACUACGAGUCCGCCCAGCCCCUCCUCUCGCCCACCGACCUCGCCCGCGACUGGGACACGCUCUUCACCCCCUCCGCCCUCCCGCGGCCACCCCACCAACCCCUCCGCGUCGCGCAGGCCGACAUCGACGCGGAAUGGGACACGUGGAAACUCCGCGCCUUGAUCGCCGCGACAUGCCAGGAUAUAGACAGAUUACAGGCGCAUCUGAUCGAGGUCGAGAGGCGUGUCCACGACGUGAACCGCGAUAUCGAGGAUGCGAAGCGGCGGGAGAGGGGGCGAUGGGGCGGCGUGGAGGCCGGCACGGGGUUUCUUGACUUGUAUGCGCCGCGGGUUGAUGGGUACCGGAGGCGGAGGAGGAAGGUGUUGGAGGUCGACAAGUAUGAAGUCUCCUCGGACUGGGAUGUGUUCAAGCUCCGGGACGUGUUCUCUGAAGCUCAGACCGAUAUUGACAAGUUGCUGGAUAAGCUGGAGGACUUGGAGACUGAGAUACGGGAAAAGAGGCGACUGCUGGGCAGUCUGCGAAAGUAUAGGUAA